AUGAGAACCUCCAGUCUCGACCUGAGGCUGGGCAAGCUUCAGGUGCCUAGAGAGGCUGACGAAGGAGGCAGGGCCACCUCCGGGCGCCCGAGGAAAGGAAAGCAGCACCCCACUUUGCCUGAGAGCCCACUUCUGGACUGCAGCCCUGGGAAGGUGUUGAGCAGCACCAGCUCCCGGAGCAAGCACUACCUGAUGCACAGCCAGGAAUGGACACAUGUUUGAGGAAUCUGCAGCAAGGCCUUUAAGCGCCACAACCAACUGACUGGGCACAUGCUCCCCCACCAGAAGACCAAGCCUUUUGCGUGCAUGGAGCAGGGCUGCAGCACAAGCUGCUGUGAUGACCGCUCCCUGCACUGGCACUAUGAGGUCAAGCACAGCUUGUGCAUCCUAAACGAGGCCCCCCCUGAGGAAGAAGCCCGUGGGGACUCCUCUCCUGCCCACGAGGUGGCCGGCCAGCCUGCUGCGGAUGGCCUGCAGCCCCUGGUGCCUCCAGAAGCCAGGUCACCAGGCUCCCUUUUGCCCAAUCGAGACCCCCUGCGCUCUACUGUGAGCAGCAUGGUCCACCAGGAGAUCUCUUCCCCUGGCCCGGUCCUGGCCGGGCCCUCAGAUGACAGGGAAGGGAAAAACACAGCCUGCCCCUGCCCACCCUCACUGGGGCCCUACCCCUGCACCCCAGUGGCCCCAGGGAGCCUGGGCACUGAUGUUCCCGAGGAGUGUCAUCCCCUGUGGAAGGAGCCCACCACUGGGUUCACAGCCACUCAUUCCAGGGUAGCAGAGGAUGGUGGUCCUGACACAGCUGAGUUGGAGCGGCCGCCCCAGCUACCACCCAUCCUGGAGUGCGGGCAGGAGGGUGGGACCCUGCCGGCCGGCCUGCCUCUGUUCCAAGGCCAGGCAGCGCCUGACAGGGCCCAGCCUUCAAACCACAACUUCCAGUGGCUCCAGAACCUGCCAGGCUGCCCCGAGAGCGAUGGGGACGAUGUGUUUGUCAUCCAGAAGCCCACUUCAGUGUCCCCUCAGGAGGGCUCCGAGUCUGGGCCCAGGCCCAGCAGCACCUCCCUGACGGGGGAGGCCUCAGGCUGCCCUGGAUAUGCCGGCGAGGAAGGGGACACCAGGGCUUCCAAGAAGAGCGAUUCUGACAGGGACUCCUGCUCACGGCAGCACGUGGAGGAGCCUGGCCUCCAGGAGGCCCUGAAGCCGAGCGGGCUGUCGUCUGACGCCACACCGCUCUCUGGGCAGCUGUUCCUGAAGUCGCAGGAGAGUCUGGUGAGUCAAGAGCAGAUGCAGGUGUUCCAGAUGAUCGCCAAGUCCCAGCAGAUCAUCUCUGGCCCCCGGGUGGCUGUGGCCUCCUCCCAGCAUGCUAUGCCUGAGGGCAAGCAGGCUGUGCUGAAGCCACUGCAGGGGCCGCGGCCCCACCAGGCCCCACCACUGGCACCCACAGUUGACUCUUUCCACCCUGGCCCUGCAAACCCAGAGGCAGAGGGAUCCCUGCCCCACAAAAGAAAAACCAUGCCCGCCUACCCCAGGGAGGUCUUGCCCGGCAGCAAUAGACAGGACAUGAAGGGAGGACCAAAAGUGGCCCCUGCACCAUGGCAACCCUCCGGGGACCCAGACAUCCCCUCUCUGGCCAAGCAGCUGAGAUCCAUGAAAGGGCCCUUAGACCUGGGGGACAUCCUCCCCACAGAGGGCCCACGGCAGACCCAACUAGGUGGGGACGACCCUGCUGGAGCCCAGCUCUCAGGGAAGCAGGCCCAGGCGGAGAAUGGCCUGGCCUUGGGGGCCAUGAAAGGUGCAAAGGGCCCAGCCUGCUCCCGGCGCAGAGGUCACAGGCUCAUCCCUGGCAACCCGCAGGACAAACGUUUCUCGGACUUCCAGAAGGAGAAGGUGAAAAUGGAUAUGUGCUGUGAGGCCUCUCCCAGCAAGGUGGCCAUGGCCUCCUUCUCGUCAGUAGGUCCUUCGGUGGACCCCCCACAGGACUCAAAGCCCAACCUGAUGAUAUCCAACAGGAUCCAGGAUGGAAAUACCUACUGGCUCCCCGAUCCAGUGAAGGAGGAGAGCAUGGCAGAUGGAUGUAACCAGCAAAAUGGAGGCCCUGCAGACUGGGCAGAGCCAAGGAGCACAUAUGUCUGCAAGAAUUGCAGCCAGAUGUUUCAUACAGAGGAAGGGCUGACCAGCCAUAUGUGUUUGCCCAACGACCAGUGGCUGUCACCUCAAGGGAACCAGGACCAGCAGGUGGCCCUAGAGGCCCUCUUACUCAGCAGACCCCAGAAGCCGCCGACUCACCCACUGGCUGAUUAUCACUACACAGGUUCAGUUGUCUGGACCCCCAUGGAGAAGAAGCUCUUUAAUAAAGGAUUCUGUGUUUACAAGAGAAACUUUUCCUUGAUACAAAAGAUGGUCCGGACAAAGACUGUGGCCCAGUGUGUACAGUAUUACUAUAGCUGGAAAAAGAGGGUCAGGUUUACCGCUUCUUGGGCCCCAGGACUGGAGAAGAGGGUCAAAAGAAAGCUGGCUGAGGCAGACCCAACAGAAACAAUGGCCACUUGCAGCCCUCAGAAGAGAAGCAACCACCAUCCAACCCCUGAGUUGAAGACAGAGACGGAGAGUUGCAGGGGAGAAUGCGUCAUCACUGCCAGCCCAAAUGCUGCUCCCAAGCAGAGCCGUGAGUCUCCGGGGCGCGUCCAGGGCCAAGGCACUUUUCCCUGCAGGGAGUGUGAGAGGGUGUUUGACAAGAUGUGGACUCGCUAUGCCCACAUGAAGCAGCACCGGCUUCAGGACCCCAUGGAAACAACUGUCAGGGAGGAGAGGCCAGUGAAGGCCUUUAAGGUGGAAGAGGAGGAGAAGAAGGAGGAAGGGGAGAUGGGGGCUGACAUGGGUCCCUUGCAGGGAUGAUUUGGGCCGUGAGCCGGGGCCAGGCAGCACAUCAUUGGAAUGAGGACCUUGGGCCCCAUCACCUCUCCCUUCAGCCUCCCCGAGGUGUUCAGGGCAUCCCUCUGCCUCCACCCCACCUCCCCUGCCCCCCACUGACCAGCCCAGCUUGCAGAAUAGCUGGUAUUAGCCAACAACAGGCAUGAGAAGCACCAUCAGCGGACACUGUGGCAUCCUCGUCAGCUGGUGCAAGAGGCCCCGGUCUCUUUACGUGUGCCCUGUGCCUUCAUACCAUAGUCUUGUAAUGACUUGGCUCGUUGUUAUUUUUUUUGUCCAUGUCAAUAUGUAAACCCUAUUAAAUUUUGUUCUUAAGCAGCUGUCUUCUGGCUUCUCUGGCCUGUUGAACCAGCAAAGGCUUUAGGGCUCCUGCCACUCGCCAGCGCCCCAGAAACGCGUGAGCUGAGUCUCCGCCCUGGAGGGGCCGCGUCCUCGUGCAUUCCGGGAGCUGGCCCUGAGGUGCCUGCUGCAGUGUGUCCACGCCCAGUCCAUGCAGUGGGCUCACAGUGACCCAGGAGGGACCCAGGUGCUCCCCUCAGGGAGCUUACAUUUUAGGAGCAGGAGAGCAGCAGAAAUAAAUAAGCAAAGAGGUGAUUUUAGCUAUUGCUUUGGGCCCUAAUGACAGAAGAGUCAGCAGUGUAGUGACAAGCAGUCAGGACAUGACGGGGGUUCCAGUGUGUCCGGGGUGAAGUCAGGGUCUGCCAGCAGCGGCCAGCUCAGCAUGCGGAUCGCAGCGGGGACGAGGAUCACCCCCUCCUGCCCCGAGGUCCAAACCAGAGGGCACAGGAAAGAGCACGUUCCUCCCUCCUUCCUCGUGUCCCUUUUUAAGAGUGGGGAGAGCUUGUAACGGUCUUCAGAAGAAUGCCUCUGGGUCCCAUUGGUCAGGACUGGGGACCCAUGCUUUUUCUAAACUGAUCCCUGGCAGU